AUGAAUGAUGAAAUAGCAAGAUGGUGGGCUGGAAUACCACCAGUAACUAAGUUCUUGUUCGCUGGAAUGGGAGGACUUACAAUGAUUGGUCACUUUGGAAUCAUAUCACCAUACUCAAUGAUACUUGAUUACUCAAAGACAUUCUCCGAGUUCCAAGUAUGGCGUCUACUCACAGGUUCACUCUACAUGGGUCGUCCCAGUCUCUACUUCCUAUCACAGUUAAUCUUCCUGGUACAACAGGGAUCAUACCUUGAGAAUGAGAACUUUGGAGGAAGAAAGGGCGACUUUAUAUACAUGUUGAUCGUCACCAACUUGUUGAUGCAUGUCGUCGCAUUCUUUAUGCAAUUCUAUAUUAUAUCACAUGCGAUGAUCAUGGUGAUCAUUUACUUGUGGUCGAGAUUGAACCCACAGGGAGAGGUGUCCUUCUUCUUUGGCAUCAGGUUCAAGGCCGUCUACUUGCCAUGGGCACUGCUGUUGUUUGGCAUCCUUACUGGUGGCUGGCCCGUCAGUGACUUUUGUGGCAUCAUCGUGGCGCACAUCUAUCACUACCUCACCGACAUCUAUCCAAUAAUGCAGCGUGGACGUCCAAACUACCUAAAGACACCAGAGUGGUUCCUCAACAUAUUGCCAGUCAGCCUAAAGAACGCUCGUCAAGGAUUCGCUGCUGGACAGGUGCCCGUUCAGGAGGCUGGACAUAGAUGGGGACGUGGAAACAGGUUAGGU